AUUAUAAGAAAGCAACCGUGUUGCAUUGUUUCAAUUCCUGACUAUAUAUUCUACAAGCUAACAUCAUUGCCAAGAUUCCAAAGCACAUGCACUCACCCUAAUAAUGGAGAGGGAAGCAGAAAUCCUAGAGACGCAUACUAGUGCAAAAAGGAAGAAGAAUAACAAGAGCCAGAAUAGUAGGAGGUUUAGUGAUGAGCAGAUCAAGUUGCUGGAGUCUAUAUUUGAAGCAGAUUCAAAGCUAGAGCCAAGGAGGAAAGUGCAAGUAGCAAGAGAGCUGGGGCUGCAGCCGCGCCAGGUUGCGAUAUGGUUUCAGAACAGAAGAGCUAGAUGGAAGUCGAAGCAAAUCGAGCAAGACUUCAGAACUCUCAGAAAUGAGUAUGACUUGUUAGCAUCUAAGUUUGAGUCUUUGAAGGAGGAAAAACAAUCCUUGCUUAUACAGUUGGAGAAGCUAAAUGAUCUUAUGGGAAAACCGAAAGAUCAUGAUGAGAAGCUAAAUGAUCUUAUGGGAAAACCGAAAGAUCAUGAUGCCGACACAGAUGGUAAAGAUCUGGAAGGCUCAAGUAGUAAAGACGGAAAUUGUGAGACUACAGAAGAAAAGCCAAGUCACUUGCAGUCACACAAGAAUAUUGCAAGUAAUGAUGUUGGGGAUGAAGGUCAGGAUCAGCUUAUGAACAUGUGUCAAGUAGAAGCUAUACCUGAAGAUUGGAAUAGAUUUGAUUCAGGCUGUCUGUUUGAUCCGUUGCGUAGCAGUAGUGCUACAUCACAGUGGUUCAAUUUCUGGAUUAACUGAAAGGUUGGAGCUUGAAUAAGGAUAUUAUUUGGUUUGAAGAUUUUUUUCUCAUGCGUUGAGUCCUUCAAACUAAGCAUGAGUGAGGUUUCUCUCCAAAAAAAAGCAUGAGCGAGGUAUGUGUAUAUGGAUCGUGUAUGGCUUCAGACUUCACUACUAAGCAUCCUAAUCUAAGGUAGACUUGACAGUUUCUUCUGAUUUGGCCACAAAGAUGGAAGAACAAUUCGAGAAAGACUAGCUACUUCGAGUCCAGAAAACGCAGACGAAUGAUCAAGACCAAAGAUGUGCUUGUUUGUUCAUCAAUGAGUACUGUAUGUAUGUAAAUGUGAUUGUGAGAUCGAUUGUGAUCCAUGACGUGAAUUAUGUAAUGUAGUGAGUAUUGCAACAAUUGCAUGAAAUAAAUUAGUGAUAUUCUUUCAUCU